CAAGAUAUGUACGUAAUAUCCAAUAAACUGAAAACACAAGAAACAUUGGUUAGAGGUUUAUUAAGUGGUUUCAGACAAGAAUGUGUUUAAUAACCCAAGGAUUGUUUCUUGAUGCUCAUCGUUUAGUAUCCAAAAAUGUGUGCUGCUUCUGUUGUGCUGUUGUUCCUCUUCCUUUCUUCCAUCACUUCAGCUGCAGCUGAAGAAACAAACUCCCAUAUCAGCCUAUCAUCUUCCCUAACACCUAUAAACAAUCCUUCAUGGUUCUCAUCUUCUGGAACCUUCGCCUUCGGGUUCUACCACACUCCAAAUGGCUACGCCGUCUGCAUCUCUUUCAGCAGCUACUUGGACAGGAGCAGCACCGUGGUGUGGACUGCCAACACCGAGGAUCCCAUCGUCCCCAACAAUGUUGUCUUGCUGCUAACUGAAGGCGGCCUAGUUUUACAGAAUAGUGUUAGCAAAGAAACACUCUCUAAGAUUGGCAACUCUUCCCAACCUAUAGCAGGAGCUUCAAUGCUUGACAAUGGCAACUUCGUUCUGUUGAAUUCUCGUGGCAGUGUCGUGUGGCAGACCAUUGAUCAUCUAACAAACUCCCUUCUGCCCGGGCAUCGCCUCUCCCCGGGCGCUCAGCUCUUAUCCCAUGCCUCAGAAACAGACCUCAAGAAAGGGUUUUUCAGGCUCAAGAUGCAAACUGAUGGCAACCUCGUGCUCUACGAUUCAGACAGCCUAGAUGUGUCCGAAGAUGCUUACUAUGCAUCUAGGACUGAUGGAAGGGGCAACAACAUCUCUUUGAAUCUUGAAAGUGAUGGCCAUCUCUAUCUUUUUGAUGGGACUUCUAUUGUAAUGAAUAUAACCAUGGGAGGGAACCCUGCAUCAGGGGUUCUAUAUCUUGUGAGGAUUGAUGCUGAUGGGAUUUUUCGUGUGUAUAAUCGCUCGCUGCAACGACAAGAUGAUUGGAGAUCGAUAUGGUCAGUAACUGAGGACAGAUGUUUGCCUAAAGGUUUGUGUGGAAUUAACAGCUACUGCAGAUACAAGGAUGGGAAUGCUGCUGACUGCAGAUGCCUCCCAGGGUAUGAUCCCAUUGGCUCGGUCGUGUGGGGAGCCGGCUGCACCGCCAAACUUGUGGUAGAUUGCUCAGACAAGGACCAGAGUAGCAAGUUUAUGAUGACAAGGAUUCAGAAUGUUACAUGGGAAGACAAUUACUACAGUGUUUUGGAUGGGAGCAGUGAACAAGGCUGUGAAGAGGCUUGUUUGAAGGACUGUAGCUGUCAUGUGGCGUUGUUUCGAGAUGGACAGUGUCGGAAGCAGAAGCUUCCACUGAGAUAUGGAAGAUGGUUGAAAGUUGAGGAUGUUGCUUUUGUUAGAGUCUCUAAAUCUUCCACAGGAUCUUCAUGGCCUUUAAGACAUAAAAGGAGGCAUUUUGAUCUGCAUGUAAUAUUAGGGGUAUCAUCAGGUACAGUUGGUCUACUUAUAUUAUCAUUUGUCAUCAUCUACUCCACUAGAAGACGACGUAGAUGGCGCAAAGAAGAUAAACUGAAGAUGGAGAAAUUUCUUCUCAAGCAUCAAUCUUUGGCUCCAAAGAGAUACAGCUGCAAGCAAUUAAAGAAAAUAACGAAAUGCUUCAGAGACGAACUAGGCCGAGGUGCAUUUGGCAUUGUUUACAAGGGAAAGCUAAGUGAUGGUCAGCUAGUUGCAGUGAAGGUCUUAAAAGAAAGUCAUGAUAAUGCAGAAGAAUUCAUCAAUGAGGUUGUAAGCAUCAGUAGAACCUCCCAUGUCAACAUCGUCAAUCUCUUGGGAUUCUGCUAUCACAGAAACAAAAGGGCUCUGCUCUAUGAGUUCAUGCCCAACAAAUCUUUAGACAAGUUCAUCUGCAAGGGCGGAUCCACCCUCGAGUGGAAGAUACUGUACGAGGUAGCAGUCGGGGUUGCCCGAGGUCUAGAGUAUCUGCACAGAGGCUGCAACACGAGGAUCGUGCAUUUUGACAUCAAGCCUCAGAAUAUUCUUCUGGACCAGGACUUUUGUCCCAAGAUAUCGGAUUUUGGGCUUGCUAAGUUGUGCAUGAAGAAGCAGAGUGCGAUAUCUAUGCUUGGGACGAGGGGGACUGUGGGAUACAUUGCUCCUGAAGUAUUCUCAAGAAACUUUGGUGUGGCUUCUCAUAAAUCAGAUGUGUAUAGCUAUGGGAUCAUGCUCCUUCACAUGGUGGGAUCGAAAUAUGUUGAGAUGGUGAGUGAUAUCUAUUUUUGGGAUAAAGUUUAUGAGCGCGUGCUAAUGCAGAACGAAAGAGUGGAUGAUCUCGUGACUGAAGAGGAAGAAGAGAGCGCGAGGAAAAUGUUGAUGGUGGGAUUUUGGUGCAUUCAGACAUCUCCAAUGGAGAGGCCAUCAAUUAGCAAAGCAGUGGAGAUGUUGGAAGGGAAGCUGCAGUCUAUACACAUUCCUCCAAGGCCAUUUUUGCUCUCUUCCCCACCACCACAAAUUUCAUCUUUCAUAUCUUGUAAUUGUAGAUGUGCAAAAUUGGACUCCAAUUCACAUCCUACACCUUGUUCUUGUUUAGUUGCCAAUAUUAAAACUAAUGGUUAAUAGCAUCAAAAA